AUGGAAACCUACUCUAUUGGUUUCAACAAUACCUUUCUGAGUUUGAACCACUCCGAUGCACCUCACAAUUGUAUCACAAUAAGCUCUCUGAAGGAUCUCAAGAUGUCUCAACAACCGAAUGCUUCCUCCUCAAAGAAAGGGUCUCCCAUCUCCGACUCUGCAACACCUAAUGAGUUAACUAACCCUAAUUGGGCUCUCAAUGUAUCUCCUCUGAGGAUGAUUAGCGCUGAUGAUUUAACGACUACAAAGCCAAUAACAUCACAUGCAAGAAGACCUAAGGAGGGUGUUCAUACUAAGGGCUCCAAUCCCUCAUCAUUCAACCCUCGUGAGGAAAACAAUGAAGAGGUUCAAGAAGAUGCUGAUAACAUCAAUGUCACCAAGGAUGUCAAUGACAUCGGAAAUUCUGAAGCUGAUGAUAGUCCAAGGGCAGAUGCUGGAACAGGUACAAAUGUUGUGGAUUUAAAUGAGUACUCUGACAAUGAUUUGGUUGCUACUGUGAACCCUAGUGUAGCCAAAAGGCUCGUGACUAGGAGAAAAGGAAAAGUUGUGAUUCAGAAUUCUCCUGUGAAGAAAGCUGAUGUUAAAAGCCCUUCCAAAGACUCUGUCAAGAAGAAGAGUACCUCUGCAGGACCUAUAAAGAGCAGAGCUGUGGCUAAAAGUGUUGGUGUUGACCCCACAAAAUCUUGGAGCAAGGUUGUUCCAAAGAAGAGGAUGGCAAGAGCUGUUGAAGAAUCCGAGUCUGAUGUUAAAGUGAAUGUCCAUGACAUUCCAUUAAAGAAAAAGCCCACAACUAGCAAGCUUGCUACUUGUGUACCUGAAGUUCCCAUUGACAAUGUAUCCUUCCACUUUGCUGCAAGUGCAAACAGGUGGAAAUUAGUGUAUCAAAAGAGAUUGGCUCUUGAGAGGGAAUUGGCUCAAAAUGUUCGUGACUGUAAGGACAUAAUGGACUUGAUUGAGGCUGCUGGCCUAAUAAAAACUAUUGUCCAUCUGAGUAAAUGCUAUGAAAUGCUACUAAAAGAGUUCAUAGUGAACCUCUCUAAAGAGUGUGGUGACAAAAGAUCUAAGGAAUUCAAAAAAAUGGUUGUAAGAGGCAAAUGUGUUAACUUCUCUUCCACUGUGAUAAACAACCUCUUGGGAAGGUCUGAUGAAACUCAACCUGAGCUUGAAGUCUUUGAUAACAAGGUAUGCCAAGUUAUAACUGCAAAUCAAGUCAGAAGUUGGCCUUUGAAAGGAAAAUUGUCUGCCGGUAAACUAAGCAUAAAGUAUGCAAUGCUGCAUAAGAUUGGGGCUGCUAAUUGGGUGCCAACAAAUCACAAGUCUACUAUCUCAACUGUGUUAGAACAAGAUUGA